AUGGCUUCUACUCCUCCCACCGAUUACGGCAAGGAGGCCGUUCUCGAUGUCUCUGAGACACGGGAUGUCGAGACUGGCGAGGUCAAGAACGGUGGUCUCAAGCAAGAUCUCAAGAACCGACACAUGCAGAUGAUUGCCAUCGGUGGCGCUAUCGGUGCUGGUCUCUUCGUCGGUUCAGGUGGUGCCCUCCAGAAGGGUGGCCCUGCUGCUCUCCUCAUCGGCUAUCUCAUCAUCGGUAUCAUGCUUCUCUGCACAUGCUUGGCCCUGGCUGAGAUGGCUGUCCUCUACCCCGUCAACGGUGCCUUCUUCACAUACAUCGUCCGCUUCGUCGAUCCUUCAUGGGGCUUCGCCAUGGGUUGGCAAUACGCUCUCGCUUGGUUGACUGUCCUGCCUUUCGAACUUAUCGCCGCUUCCAUCACCAUCAGAUUCUGGAGAGAAGAUAUCAACAUGGCUGUCUGGGUCUCUGUCUUCCUUGUUGUCCUCAUGGGAAUUCAGAUCUUCGGUGUUCGAGGCUACGGUGAGGUUGAGUUUGUUCUCUCCAUCAUCAAGAUCUGCGCCUGUGUUGGUUUCAUCAUCCUCGGUAUUGUCAUCAACUGCGGUGGUGUUGGCGACCAGGGCUACAUCGGUGUCAAGUACUGGCGCGAUCCUGGUGCUUUCACCAGUUUCAAGGGUUUCUGCGCUGUCUUCGUCGUCGCUGCUUUCUCCUUCGGUGGUACUGAGAUGGUCGGUCUGGCUGCUGCCGAGUCUGCCAACCCCCGCAAGUCUAUCCCCAUGGCUAGCAAGCAGGUCUUCUGGCGAAUUGCCAUCUUCUACAUUCUUAACCUGUUCAUCGUCGGUCUCAUCCUCCCCGCAAACGACCCUCGCCUGAUGGGCGCCAGCGGUGCCAACACCAAGGCCUCUCCCUUCGUUCUUGCUAUCCAGGAUGCCGGUAUUAAGGUCCUCCCUAGCAUCAUGAACGCCGUCAUCACUGUUGCCGUUCUCUCCGUUGCCAACUCCUGCACUUUCGGUUCUACGCGAACCAUCCAGGCUAUGGCUGAGCGCAACAUGGCUCCUAACUUCUUCAAGUACAUUGACUCCAAGGGCCGCCCUCUCUACUGUGUUAUCCUCCAGAUCGCCUUUGGUCUCCUUGCCUACAUUGGCGCUGCUCCUCAGGGUAUGGAGAUCUUCGGCUGGCUUCUGGCCCUCACUGGUCUUGGCUUCCUCUUCGUCUGGGGCUCUAUCUGCCUUGCCCACAUCCGCAUGCGUGCCGGUAUGAAGGCUCAGGGCGUCAACCUCGGCCUCAUUCCAUACAAGACCCCCUUCGGCGUUGCUGGAUCUUACCUUGGUCUCGGUCUUAACAUCCUCGCCCUCAUCGCCUCUUUCUACACUGCUCUCUACCCUGCCUCCGGCGCCUCUCCCAACGCUGAGGCCUUCUUCAGCUCUUACCUCGCCUUCUUCUCUGUCGCCCUUCUAUACCUCGGCUACAAGAUCUGCACGCGCAAGUGGCAGAUGUUUGUCCGUCCUUCUGAGAUGGAUCUGGCCAGCGGCGCUGUCUGGCUUGAGGAGGAGGAGCCCAAGGAGCCCUUCGUCUGGGCUGACGCCCCUAAGAGGGUUCUCCGAAGCUUUUUCUAA